AUGUUCACCAGUGUUCUCAGUGACAACCCUGUCAUUCACACCCCAGAGGAAGAGAGAGAGAGAGAAUGCAGACGGACUGACCACAACGCCUACUACACAGUCAAGCAGUUCAUUCGCAACGUCCGGUCUGCCAAGACAAUUGCAGAUGAGCGAGCCGUCGUUCAAAAAGAGAGCGCCGCCAUUCGCGCCUCCUUUCGAGAGGAAAGCCAUGACUCCAAUGUUCGGAGGAACAAUGUUGCCAAGCUAUUGUAUCUGUUCACCCUCGGAGAACGAACCCAUUUCGGCCAGAUCGAAUGUCUGAAGCUGCUGGCUUCUCCGCGUUUCGCCGACAAGCGAUUGGGAUACUUGGGGACCAUGCUGUUGCUGGACGAGAACCAGGAAGUUUUAACUUUGGUCACCAAUUCUCUGAAAAAUGAUUUGAAUCAUUCCAAUCAAUAUGUCGUUGGCCUAGCUUUGUGCACGCUGGGCAACAUUGCCUCUAUCGAGAUGUCCCGAGAUCUGUUUCCCGAAGUCGAGUCAUUGAUCACCACAGCCAAUCCUUAUAUUCGACGGAAAGCGGCGCUGUGUGCCAUGCGUAUCUGCCGGAAAGUUCCUGAUUUGCAGGAACAUUUCUUGGAAAAAACCAAGAUGCUCCUCUCGGAUCGUAACCAUGGUGUUCUUCUUUGCGCUUUGACUCUAGCGGUUGACCUCUGUGAACAUGCCGAAGAGCUUGAAGAGGGCCAAGACGAGAUUAUCGAAUCCUUCCGUCCGCACGUCGGCCCACUCGUCAAGGUUCUGAAGGGCUUGACUACUUCGGGCUAUGCUCCUGAACAUGAUGUCUCGGGUAUUACUGAUCCUUUCUUGCAAGCAAAAAUACUUCGCUUCCUUCGUGUCUUGGGUAGAGGAGACGUAGCCACCAGUGAACUCAUCAACGACAUCCUUGCUCAGGUCGCCACGAACACGGAAUCAUCCAAGAACGUCGGUAAUGCUAUUCUUUACGAGGCUGUGCUCACAAUUCUCGACAUCGAGGCCGACUCCGGUCUCCGAGUCCUUGGUGUCAACAUUCUUGGAAAGUUCCUUGCCAAUAAAGACAACAACAUUCGAUACGUCGCCUUGAAUACACUGAUAAAGGUGGUGGCUGUCGAGCCCAAUGCGGUACAAAGGCAUCGGAACACCAUUUUGGAUUGUUUACGAGAUCCCGAUAUCAGUAUUCGUCGCCGAGCCCUCGACUUGAGCUUCACCUUGGUCAACGAGGGCAAUGUCCGUGUCUUGGUCCGAGAGCUCUUGGCUUUCCUCGAGGUCGCCGACAACGAGUUCAAGCCAGCAAUGACUUCUCAAAUUGGUAUCGCAGCUGAUCGUUUCGCUCCGAAUAAGAGAUGGCACGUCGACACCAUGCUGCGAGUCCUUAAACUCGCUGGCAGCUACGUCAAGGAACAGAUUCUCUCGUCCUUUGUCCGGUUGAUCGCGACGACUCCGGAUUUGCAAACAUAUGCGGUUCAAAAGCUCUACACCGCACUGAAAGAAGAUAUCACACAGGAAGGCUUGACACUUGCGGCGUCAUGGGUUAUUGGUGAAUACGGAGAUGCACUUCUCCGUGGUGGGCAAUACGAAGAGGAGGAACUUGUUCAAGAGGUUCGCGAAAGCGAUAUCGUUGAUCUAUUCAUCAAUAUCCUCAACAGCACCUCUGCAUCUCAAGUCGUCACAGAAUAUAUAACCACCGCUGCCAUGAAGCUCUCGGUCAGAAUUUCGGACCCAACCCAAGUGGAAAGACUCCGUCGAUUUUUGGUUAGCCGCACGUCUGAUCUCAAUGUUGAAGUACAGCAACGAGCCGUCGAAUACAGUAACCUAUUUGGCUACGACCAAAUCCGCCAAGGUGUCUUGGAGCGUAUGCCGCCUCCCGAGAUUCGAGAAGAGCAACGGGUGUUUGGUGAACCGACAAACAAACGACAGAGCCGAAUGCUCAAAGACAAGUCCAAGAAGGCGCCCAAGCAGACAGAAGACAUGCUCCUCGAUUUAAUGGGUGGCUCAGAUGUUGGUCCUACGAGUCCCACGGGUGCCAAUGGCACCUCACAAAACACAGCCGAUCUGCUGGCCGACAUCCUGGGCGGUGGGGAUUCUUCAGCUCCACAGCCAGCUGCAUCCUCCAAUACCAGCGCAAUAAUGGAUCUCUUUGGAUCAAGCGGCACGCCAGCUCCCCAGACACCUUCCCCUGCCCCUACAUCUGCGUCUCAGGAUCUUCUAGGCGGUCUUGGAGCUCCCAGCUCCCCGGCCCCUGCUCCUUCAACAACCGGUCCAUCGGCACACACCGCAUUCAACAAGAAUGAUUUGGUACUUACGCUGCAGGUUCAACGUAAUUCCAGCGGGACCGGUGCCCAGAUUCUCGCUCGCUUCCGCAACGAGUCUAGUUUCAACCGGAUAACUGGUGCUGGCCUUCAGGCUGCGGUUCCCAAGAGCCAACGACUACAACUGAGCGCCAUCAACAAGGCAGAUCUUGAUGGAGGAGAAGAGGGUACCCAAGCUAUGAGAAUAGCUGCUGUCACUGGGGCACUCCCGCCUAAACUACGCUUGCGUCUUCGCGUAACGUAUGGGAAAGAUGGAUCCGACCCAGUCACUGAGCAAGUCGACUGGACCGAGCCAUGA